CUAACUCCAUAUAUAAUGCCUACAAUGCUCGGACAAAAAUUGCACAGUAACAUGCACAUAAGAUAUACCACACACCAAAGCGUGCUCUGGAUGCAAGUAAUAUUCUGGAUCUGGUGAUCAGGAGAUUCUGGACCAGAAUUUUCAAAUUAAUAGGGAUCAUUGGGAUCUAACGCUAACCCAAAUGUAACCCCUAGAAGCUCUUGAGGCUUGCGGCGCCUAGCGGUUCGACGUAGGAACAACUGAAUCAGGCAUCCUUCGCCGUCAUGUUUAUCUCAUGAAAACUCCUGGUAUUAUUUGUAAGUGCACACGAGGCUCAAGCAUUGUUAUAAACACAAGCAAGAAUACCAUAAUAAAUGGAUAAAUAAACAGCCCAUCGAGUCGUUGCUGGCAGUUAUUUCUAAAAUAACAUUCAGUGUUUGCUGUCUUGAACACACCCCGCCGAGUACCCUAAUAUUGUUCAAGGGAAAUAAUGGCUGCUCAAGAGCCGUCUCCACCAUCUUCCCUGGAAGGCAACAAGCCGGGCUUCCCGAAGAAAAUUUUGGCAAACAAGCUCGAAAACAAGCAUUUGUGCAAUUCGUGCCAGAAAAUCCUGAGAAGGCCAUUGCAAGCCCAGUGUGGUCACCGCUUUUGUUCCUUCUGUUUUCACAAAAUUGUGAGCUCUGGACCACAGAAAUGCAGUGCUUGUAUCAAAGAAGACUUGGGUGAGGAACCCACCUCGAUUCUCAAGCAAGGUGGUGCUUUCCCAGACAAUGCAGCUCGGAGAGAAGUGGAGGCCUUGGCAGCUGUCUGUCCCAAUGAGGGAUGCACAUGGACGGGAACUAUCAAAGAAUUUGAGGCCAGUCAUGAGGGGAACUGUGACUUCAUGAUCAUCCUGUGUCCUUCCUGUAAAGAGCUGAUGCGAGCCAAUGAACAGGAACGCCACAAUGAGAGAGAAUGUCCAGAAAGGACACUCAACUGCAAAUACUGCAAAGAACCAUUCUUGUUAAAGAACAUCAAGGCUCAUGAUGAAAUCUGUCCAAAGUACCCAAUGAUAUGUGAGGCUUGUGCAAAGAAAAAAAUCCCCAGAGAAAAGUAUGUGGACCAUAUUAAGUUCUGCAGUAAAUUUAAAGCACCAUGCAGAUUUCAUGUUGUUGGCUGCGAUACAUCUGUGGAGAAAGAGAAGAUUCAUGACCAUGAGCGACAGUGUUCCUAUGAGCACCUCAACCUGCUCCUGCAUUUCAUAAUGGGCAUCAAGGUGAGCCUGGAGAGCUUGCAGCCCCAGAGCUUGGAGGUGGCCAGCCAUAAGCUGCUUGAGCUUCACCAGUCCCUCAGGGACCUGGAGCUGAAGAUGAGCCAGCUGGGUGGGGUUGGUGCAGCUCCUGUGCAGGGUGCGUGUGCAUCAGCUUUGUCCACCUCUUUCACACCACUGCCCAGCACUGUGGGCGCUGCUCUGGAGCUUCAGCUCCAGAGUGAAAAGGCCAAGGUGGCAGAGCUGAGCCGGCGCUGCCAGGAGCUGGAGCUCAAAGUGAGCACGCUUGAAAACAUCGUCUGCGUCCUCAACCGAGAGAUGGAGCGUUCCUGCACCACUAUGGAGGCCUACAACCGCCAACACAGAUUGGACCAGGACAAGAUAGAGAUCCUCAACAACAAGGUUCGUCAGCUGGAGAGGACUGUGAGUCUGAGGGAUCUGUCCAUUGUGGAAAUGGAGGGGAAAAUGAGGGAAAUGUCUGCAGCCACGUAUGAUGGGAUCUUUGUCUGGAAGAUUUCAGAUUUCACCAAGAAGAGGCAGGAUGCUGUGGCUGGCCGUGCCCCUGCUAUGUUCUCUCCUGCCUUUUAUACAAGUAAAUACGGCUACAAGAUGUGCUUGCGGAUCUACCUGAACGGUGAUGGGACGGGCCGUGGCACCCACUUGUCUCUGUUCUUUGUGGUGAUGAGAGGACACAGCGACGCACUCCUCAAGUGGCCUUUUAAUCAGAAGGUUACCCUAAUGCUGCUCGACCAGAACAACAAGGAGCACAUCAUCGAUGCCUUCCGGCCCGACAUCUCCUCCUCGUCCUUCCAGAGGCCUGUCAGUGACAUGAACAUCGCCAGUGGCUGCCCGCUCUUCUGUUCACUUUCCAAGCUGGACUCUAAGAACUCCUACGUACGUGAUGAUACCAUCUUCAUCAAGGCCACUGUGGAUCUCACUGGGCUCUAGGUGAAAGAUAAAGGCAUAACUCCAACCCUGCCUUUUGUUGCUAGUAGUUUGUUUGAAUCAACAUGCUUUUGUAUCACCAGUACCCAGCAUUUCUCUUUGGGGUCUGUCUAGUUGUUCUGGUACAGAUGAUUAGUGGCAAUAUAGGACACCAGACCAAAAAACAAACUGACCCCAGUGGAUGGUGGAUUUCAAAACUUGCAUAGUCAUUGUAACUAUUUUAUUUGGCAAAACAAUGAUUACUUCCAGAAGUGACCUGAAGAGUGACACACAGUCACAGUACAGGGUAUAUGCCAGUUUUUGGCUAAUCAGAGGUGGUAAUUUUCUUCCCUAGUGAAGGCACUCAGCUUUUGAAGUGAUAGAUGCAUUCCAAGAUCUAGGUAAAAAUAAUACAUUUGUGAAUUAACUAGAGGAUUGAUUAUGAUUUUGUAUCCCAUCUCUGGUGAGCAUUCUAUGGUUUCUUAUAUCAAAGAAGAGACUCGCCAUGUUCAUUUAACAGAAAAAUGUAGAUUUAAACUGAUUUUACAAGAAUUUUGUCAGUUCAUAUUCAAAUAUUUUUUUGCUGCAAGUAGAUGAGGUUAUCCUGUGAUAAAACUCAGAUACUGCUGUUCAUUCAGGCCUAAAAUAACUAGACCAUUGUAGCUAGUGUAACUGCCAUCCCAGGUCCAUCUAUGCAUUGUCUGUACCACUUUAUACUGAAGAGGGUUGCAGGGGGGUCAUGAAAAGUUGAUAUGGUUAACAUGUUAGAAAACCGUUACUUAUUACAUAUCUAGCAAUGACAAUAACAGUAUUAAAUGAGAGUUGUGUCUCCGGCAGAAAAAUGUAAGUCCAGUAUUAAUGCUCCUCGUAGCCCUGUUUUGGUCUCCACCAACCUGUGGCUAUCUAGUUGCUUUGUUAACCAGCUACUCAUUAACAUUGUCUCCUUGUUUAAUUCUGGGAAAGUAGUGUACAAUGGGUUUAUCAGAGCUUGUUGACUGACAAGUACUCCUUGCUGGUGCUAGGAACAAGCUGGAUUAGUGUGGCGAGUCUGAACCAAAACAGCAAAGGUUUGGGUUGUACAAUAAAUUUAAAAAAGACAUUAAAACAUUCAGCAGAGAUGAGAGGGAACUGCAGAGUUUGGUUAUAAAGUAAUUUCUCUCAAGAUAUGUCAAUAUGAGUGACCCUUUUUACAUUACAUGUAGUUAUGUGGCCUAUUGUUAGUAUAAUAAUAUUGAUAGUGUAGCUUUAAAAAGAUACAAUCAAAUUGCAUUUUUACUAUCUGAUUUCAGCUGGGGUUUUGUAUUUUGUCUUUUUAAAGUUUGACAUAUCAAACACCAAUUAAUUUCUACAUUUUUUUUUAUUAAAAGCUGAAAAUACUGAGCCUUAGACCCAUGACACAGUAGCUAUGUAGAUAAAACAGGCGACAAGCUCAGCAAUGGAUCAAGCAGGUCUAGGUGCUUGUUGGGUGUAGGCGUGUACUGCCUGACAUUUGAUAAACUGAUAUUUUUUGUUUGUUUAUUUUUUACGACAUUUUUUGCAUUUACAAACACAGAGUCCAGCUAACAGUUUGAUGCCCAUGUAGCCUUCAGAGUAUUUCUCUGCUUUGCACAGUUUCUUGUGUAGGUGGAUUUUUAAACCCGUUUGUUUUCUUAACGUGUGUGCCUCCAACUCUUAAGUCCUGUGUUCAUUGGUAAUCAUUAGUGGUUUUGGACUUUGCUUGAAUUCCAUGAAUUCUGAUUGCAGUAUUUCAUUUCUGAAUGUUGUUGUUUGUGUGUGUGUGUGUGUGUGUGUACUAUUUAAUUUCUUUGCUUUUAGCUGCAGUAUUUGCCAUAUUGAAUCUGUGGAAGAUGCAGUAUAGCAUACAACAGUUUCUGGGCUGUUUGUCCAGGAAACCUUAACAUUGAUGGUGGCCAAACAAAUGGAAAAGUGACAUUUUAUUAGUAAUAAAACAUAUAUUUG